AUGUCUUAUAAUACGCUGGCCUUCUGCGUCUUCUCCUUCCUGGCUCUCUCGUCGGCCUGCUACAUCCAGAACUGCCCGAUUGGAGGGAAGCGCUCCACCCUGGAUGUGGAAAUCAGGAAGUGCAUCUCCUGUGGGCCUAGGAACCGGGGCCAUUGCUUCGGACCCAACAUCUGCUGCGGAGAAGACCUGGGCUGCUACUUCGGCACUGCGGAGACGCUGAGAUGCCAGGAAGAGAACUUCCUGCCGACCCCUUGUGAGUCUGGAAAGAAACCGUGCGGGAACAACGGGGGUUCCUGCGCCUCUUCCGGGAUCUGCUGCAACCACGAGGGCUGUGUGCUGGACUCUAUGUGUGAUCAAGAAUGA